UUUGCAUCGGCACCAACGGACGCAUGUCAGUGCCGACGAAUCGCGAGCACCACUACAACAACCUGCGCGACCGCUACACCAACUGCACCUACGUCGACGGCAACCUCGAGCUGACCUGGCUGCAGAACAAGACCUUUGACCUGAGCUUCCUGCAGUACAUUCGCGAGGUGACCGGCUACGUGCUGAUCAGCCACGUCGACGUCCCCCGGAUUGUCCUCCCCUCGCUGCAGAUCAUCCGCGGUCGGUCGCUCUUCAAGCUGAACGUCCGCGAUGAGGAGUUCUCGCUGAUGGUCACCCUCAGUAAGAUGGAGAACCUGGAGGCGCCGGCGCUUAGAGAUAUUCUGGCGGGCAACGUGGGCUUCUUCAACAACUACAACCUCUGUCACAUUCGGACGCUGAACUGGGACGAGAUUCUCACCGGCGUCGGCGCCAAGACCAUCUACGUCUACAACUUUACGCAGCCGGAGCGAAGCUGUCCGACCUGUCACGACUCCUGCGCCGAGGGCUGCUGGGGCGUGGGCGCUGUGAACUGCCAGAAGUUCAGCAAGAUCAAGUGCUCGCCGCAGUGCCACCAGGGCCGCUGCUUUGGCUCCAAUCCACGGGAGUGCUGUCACCUCUUCUGCGCCGGCGGCUGCACCGGGCCGAAGCAGAGCGACUGUCUGGCAUGCCGCAACUUCUACGACGACGGCGUCUGCAAGCAGGAGUGUCCGCCGAUGAUGCGCUACAACCCGGCCACCUACUCCUGGGAGGUGAACCCGGAGGGCAAGUACGCCUACGGCGCCACCUGCGUCAAGAACUGCCCCGAGCACCUGCUGAAGGACAACGGCGCCUGCGUCCGCUCCUGUCCCUCCAAUAAGAAAGCGGUCAACGGCGAGUGCGUUCCCUGCGACGGCCCGUGUCCGAAGAACUGCCAGGGCGUGGACAUCGUCAACUCCGACAACAUCGACUCCUUCCAGGGCUGCACCAUAAUCGAGGGCUCGCUGACCAUCCUCGAAACGAGCUUCAAGGGCUUCCAGGAGGUGUACGCCAACUUCACCUUCGGCUCGCGCCACCCGCCGAUGUCGCCCGCCAAGCUGGAGGUCUUCAGCACCCUCCGCGAGGUGACCGGCUUCAUCAACAUCCAGGCCAAUCACAGCGACUUCACCAACCUCUCCUUCUUCCGCAACCUGGAGAGCAUCGGCGGCCGCCAGCUGACCGAGUACUUCAGCGCCUUCUACGUCGUCAAGACCAGUCUGCAGUCGCUGGGGCUGCGCUCGCUGAAGACGAUUCGCUCCGGCUCGGUGGCCAUCCUCGAGAAUCGGGACCUGUGCUUCGCGGAGACCGUCCAGUGGACGAAGCUGAUGACCUCCAAGUCGCACAACACCCUCCUCCUCAACAACAAGAAGAAUGAGACGUGCAAGUCCAUCGGGCAAGUGUGUCACCCUGAGUGCGGCUCCGACGGCUGCUGGGGCCCCGGCGCAGACGAGUGCCUCAGCUGCAGGUCGUACCGCCUUGGCGAGGCCUGCGUUCCCAACUGUAACUCUUCCAUCGGAAUCUACGACGCCGGCAACCAGGUGUGCAAGCACUGCCACGAGGAGUGCCACGGCAGCUGCGAUGGGCCCGGCUCGAACGCCUGCACCCGCUGCAAGAACGUCCGCGACGGGCCGUACUGCGUCCGCGAGUGCCCCGUCUCGAAGUACCCGGCGGAGGGGGAGUGUCGCAGCUGCCACGAAAAUUGCGUCCUCGGCUGUACCGGACCGAGGAAUCGGCUGGGCGCGGGCGGCUGCAACAGCUGCGAGAAGGCCAUCGUCUCGAUGCUCGACCCGAAUGUGGUGGAGCAGUGCCUGAAGGCGGAGGAGAACUGCCCGGAGGGCUUCUACCACGAGUACCUGGGGCCGCAGGAGGAGGGCCCGCUGAAGUCGCUGACGGGAAAGUCCGUCUGCCGGAAGUGCCACCACCGCUGCAAGAACUGCACCGCCUUUGGCUUCCACGCCUCCGUCUGCACCUGUCUGAACUACAGCACCGGCGAGCAGUGCGAGGACCACUGUCCGCGCGAUCACUUUGCCGACGAGGAGCGGCACGUCUGCGUGAAGUGCAGCGACGAGUGUCGCCGCUGUCGGGGCCCUGGAACGGACCACUGCAUCGCCUGCCGCAACUACCGCGUCUACCUGGACGAGGACAACGGCGAGAAGAAGCUCUUCAACUGCACCAGCGCCUGUCCGCUGGAGAAGCCGUAUAAGGUCUUUGAGGACAACAACGAGGACCCGUACUGCAGCGAGCGGGACCCGAAUGUGAACGCCAGCGCCGGCGGCGGCGGCGGCGGCGCCAAUGGGCAGCACGGCGCGGACGGGCAGAACGACCCCGAGCACUGGUCGGCCGUUCUCUGGGGCUGCGCCGUGUGCAUCGUCCUCUUCGGCAUCUUCCUCGCCAUCUUCAGCUACCAGUGGCUCCAGCGGGCGAGGACCAAGGAAAAUACGAUGAAGCUGACGAUGCGCAUGACCGGCUUCGACGACAAUGAGCCGCUGAAGCCCACAAAUGUCAAACCGAACCUAGCACAGCUGCGCAUCGUCAAGGAGGCGGAGCUGCGCAAGGGCGGCAUCCUCGGCUUCGGCGCCUUUGGCCUCGUCCACAAGGGCGUCUGGGUGCCGGAGGGGGAGAACAUCAAGAUUCCGGUGGCGAUCAAGGUGCUGCGGGAGGGCACCCACCCGAACACCAAUAAGGAAUUUCUCGAGGAGGCGUACAUCAUGGCCAGCGUGGAUCACCCGAAUCUGCUGAAGUUGGUCGCCGUUUGUAUGACCUCGCAGCUGAUGCUGGUGACGCAGCUGAUGCCGCUGGGCAGCCUGUUGGACUAUGUGCGGAAUAACCGCGACAAGAUCGGCUCGAAGCCGCUGCUGAACUGGUGCACGCAGAUUGCCCGAGGCAUGGCCUACCUGGAGGAGCGGCGGAUGGUGCACCGAGAUUUGGCGCUGCGAAAUGUCCUCCUCUCCACGCCAGGUCUGGUGAAGAUCACCGACUUUGGCCUGGCGAAGCUGCUGGAGAUUGACGAGGACGAGUACAAGUCGGAGGGCGGAAAGAUGCCCAUCAAGUGGCUGGCGCUGGAGUGCAUUCAGCACCGGAUUUACACGCACAAGAGCGACGUCUGGAGCUUUGGGGUGACUGUUUGGGAACUCCUCACUUAUGGCGGAAAGCCCUACGAAAACGUGCGCGCCCAGGACGUCUGCGACCUGCUGGUAAAGGGGGAACGCCUCCCGCAGCCGCCCAUUUGCACCAUCGAGAUCUACAUGAUCAUGAUCAAGUGCUGGAUGCUGGACUCUGAUUCGCGGCCCACCUUUAAGGAGCUGGCCGACGAGUUUGCGAAGAUGGCCCGCGACCCGGGCCGGUACCUGGUGAUCAACGGCGACUCGCUGAUGCGCCUGCCCUCCUACACGCAGCAGGACGAGAAGGAGCUGAUUCGCUCGCUGAGCAUGCCCAUCGAGGGCCCGGAGACGAUCAUGGACGCGGAGGAGUACCUGCAGCCGAGCAGCAAGUCGCCGCUGCUGCCAACAAUCAAAACGGCCGCCUCAGCUUCGACCCUUCCGCUCACGAGUACGUGA